AUGCUCAGGCUGAGAGCAAAGGCCUCUCUCCGUAUUCCUACUCACCAGCUCCAUGUCUCUGCGCUUCGUCAUAACCUGGUCGGUCCACCGGAUCCUGUUUCUCAUUUACGACCCAUCAUCUACGAGGAUGCACCCAGUACGCCGCUCACAGGCGUACAUCCGUAUUCGUUGAAGGAAUUUGCGGGUGACACCGGGGAGUACCAAUGGAAGAUGCAGCGGCAGGAGCUGGAUGCAUAUAACAACGCUUUCUGGACAGAUAGUAACAUCCGCUUCGAAGCGGCGAAGAGUGCCGUGCUCGAGAGUCUGCCCGAGACUGCCCCUACCGAGGAUCGAGAAUUUGCGCUGUCAGAGUUCUACAAACGCUGGCUCAUGCAAGAGCAGUCACGCCAGAAAGAGUACAACUCACAAUGGCGGAAGCGGAAUUGGACCAGUAUCGUGCUCGGUGCCCGAGUGCGCUACGAGAAGUUCAAGUCUCUAAUAUCGAGGCCCUUCACAUCGCGUUCGGAUGACAGUCAGAACGAAUAA